GGAUGAACGUUGAAACCGCGCGAUAUUCAAAAUUAAAAACAACAACACGUGAACAACGAUAUGACAGAUUUUUAUUAAAUCAUUUUGUUGGUUAAUCAAGGAGAGCCUAUCGGUUUUUGAUAUAAGCAAGCGUUUUCAUGCCAAGGAUUUGUUUUCACGCGCAGUUCCGUGAUUAAGCAUUGUGGGAUAUUGUCGUCUGCAUUUCAAGAAGAAAGAGAAGACAGGAUAAUGGCGUGCACGGCCACACUACAAAGACCCCAGGAGAAAAGUAAUACGUGGUCUUCAAUAUUUCCAAAUGAACAAGUUACUGAACAGCAGUCUGCACUAUUUGUCAAGAAGUUGCUUGCAGUUGCAAUUUCCAAUAUUGCAUACCUCAGGGCAAUUUUUCCUGAACAUGCAUUUGGUGACAGAUGCCUUGAAGGUUUAAAUCUCAAAAUUAUGAGAGAUGACAGUGCUUGUCCAGGUGCCUCCCAAGUCAUUAAGUGGGUCAAGGGAUGUUUUGAUGCUGUUGACAAGAAAUAUCUGAGAAUGCUUAUCAUGGGAAUAUACAUAGAUGCAGAAGACCCUGAUACAGUCAUUGAAUCUUACACCUUCAAAUUCUCAUAUAAAAACACUGCAGAAAUGGAUGUUUAUAGAAAUGAAAAGAAGAUUGCUAGUGCUGACUCGGUUUUGGAGACUAAGAAAGCUACCAUCAGGCUGUUGAGAACAAUGGUUGUAUUGACCCAGACCUUGAAGUCUUUACCAGAUGAUGUGAUGCUGACCAUGAAACUACUUUACUAUGAUGACUGUACACCAGCAGAUUAUGAACCUCCAGGUUUCAAACCAGCACAGAGUGAUACAUUUGUGUUUGAUGAAGAACCAAUGAACAUCAAAGUUGGAGAUGUAUCUACUCAAUUCCAUACAAUAAAAAUGAGAAUAAAAACUGACAGUAAGCAGUUUGAACUGAAAGAUGACGCAGUUGAAGAAGAGGAUAAAGAAAAGGUUGAGAGUCCUGUGCAGGAAGAAAUGUGUGUGGAAGUUCCAGAUAGAGAAUUAAUGGAGCAAGAGGAUCAAGAAAUCAUUGAAGGGGAUGUUUAUUCCUUUAAUGAAGAUAGCUCAACAGAAAAGAUAUCUCUUCUUGGAAAGCAAUCAAAGAAAUGCCGUACACCAGAUGCGGUAGUACCAACAGAAAUGCCUGCUAUGCCUGGUUCAACAGACCGUGCUAUUGAUACAACUGGAUCACAGAAGAGUCAAAUGUCAGCACAGGAUGAGGAGAUGGGAGUUCGUUGCCCUUGUGGAUGUAAUGAGGAUGAUGGAUUAAUGAUUUUGUGUGCAGUUUGCAAUACGUGGCAACAUGGAGUAUGCUUCCUUGUACAGUGUGAGACUGAUGCUCCUGCACGGCACAUUUGUGAAGUCUGUGGAGAGCCAGGAAAUCAAGAUAAAGAACCAACAGAUCCCUAUCUGAAUACACUAUCAGCAAUUGGAAUACAGGCUACUUGUCUGUGGAGAAGGGCCUUGAUGGCUACCUCUGAGAUGAACAGGGUGAUUGGACCUAAUCUUGCCAGAAGGCUUGGUGUGGAGAUGACUGUGGCUCAAGGUCUCAUGAACAGGUUGGAAAAAGAAGGCUUCAUUCGUAAUGCAGGGAAAGGAAAAAGACUAGGAAAAAUGGUGGAAAAGAGUAAGAUUUUGAAUGAAGGUAUACCAAGGUACUUCAAGAAGAAAAAUUGUCAGCCACAACAACAAAGUGAGACACAGCCAACAUCUAAGGAAGAUGUACCGAUUUCUCAGCUGACUGAGAUGGCAGAAGGUAUCAGUCUUUCAAGAAAGAAGAAAGGGAAAAAGAACAAGAAGAAACCAGCAGCGCCUGUUGAAAAGGUGAGACACAGUCCUAGACUAUCCCCUAAAAUGAAUGAAGAGGAAGAGGAAUUUAAACCACCAUCAGCCAAAAAGAGAGGAAGGAAAAGGGCAAUCUCAAAGGUCGAUGGAAAUCACGAAUUUGAUGUUUGCGACAGUCAAGAUGUGUGUGAUGGCCCAAGAACAACGAAGAGGAAAGCGAGCAUUGUCGCAAGAGAAAUUAUGGUGUGAUGGCAAAGAAUACAAGAAGUAGACAUGUAUGCAAAGCACUCUUGAUUUAAAUGCUAUUAUCUGUAAUUUUAAUGACAAGAUUUUAUUGAAAGUUCUUUUUUUUCUUUCUUUUUUUUUUCAUUUAAUUUCAGCAAUGCCAAUUGAUGUUGAAUGGGAAAUGAUGCCAUUGAUAUAUUUCAUUAAGUUAGGAUAUGUUAGCUUAUCCGAGUUAAAUUCUGUACGAGUAGAAUGUACAGAUUUUUGUUACAAGGUUUGUUGAUAUUUGCCAUAUUUAUUUGAAUAUUGUUUUUUCUGUGACUAUCAUGUGCCAAAACUGUUGACCGUUUUUAUUGUGAAAAAGCAUUUUUUCAAAUGAUUAUUGUUGAAACAUACUGUGAUAUUACGUGUUCAAAAAUUGUUGAAUUUGCUUUGUUAAUAAAUUUGUUCAUGUUUA